GAAAAAAACUGCACGAAGAGAACAACCACCAGACCGAGGUUUGGCUGGAUAAAAGGGGAACUCUCAGCUGCUAUACCGGGAUAAAAAUACAUAUUCCAGGCGGAGAUAAGAACAGUAUUCGCCGGCGCUCCCAUUACGGCUCAUCAGUCACUGAAAAGGAUGGUGCUCUCCUGAAUCACCCCACUCACACCCCCCCACUCCCUCCAUCCUCCUCAGCGUCCUUGUCCACACCACCGCCUCAUCAUGAACCACACCCCGAGUCCCCACCUGUCCGAGAGCGGCAAGUCGGCCGGAGGCGGCCUGCUGUGCAGCCUGGGUCUGGGGUCCGACAGGGGCAUCCGCUCCCCGGACAGCCUCACACAUACCCCCAGCCCCACAGGAGGAACCCCCAGCUCCAGCCCCCCGCUGCUGCUGUCACCCGGGCUGGGAGGCUUUGGGCUGGGAUCCCUGGGGGCCAUGGGCGAGGGAGCCGGGGCCGACUGGGAGAGCAGGGAGGAGCUGAGGCUCAGGGAGCUGGAGGAGGCUCGUGCCAGAGCGGCUCAGAUGGAGAAGACCAUGAGGUGGUGGUCAGACUGCACCGCCAACUGGAGAGAGAAGUGGAGCAAGGUUCGCGCAGAGCGUAACCGUGCACGUGAUGAGGUUCGUCAGCUGAGGCAGCGGCUGGAUACCCUCACCAAGGAGCUGACCAGUGUCCGACGAGAGCGUCAGGAACUGGCUUCAGAGAAUGAGGCGAUGCGGCAGGAGACGCUGCGUCUCCGUGGCGACCACACUCCUGACGCUCCUCCUCCGUCCGCUACUUCUCCAUCUUCUUCUCCUGCACACCCUCGUGGUGCUUCCUCCUCCUCCUCUCCAUCUAUACCUCCCUCUUCUCCUGCCUCGUCCAUCUCCUCCUCUCAGGUCCACACUGACAGCCAGGCGGACAGGGUGGGAGAGGGACCUCCAGGGUCUCCAGAGCCAGAACCAGUGAGGGAUGUGGACUUGGAAAGACAAAAGAUGAGUCAACAAAAGGAUUUGGAGGCGCUGGAAUCGGCCCUGCGUUCCAGGUCCCUGGACGGUGAAACUCAGGAGGCCUGGGAAAGUCGUGGCGGUGUCAACCCCUCCACCUCGCGUUCUUCAUCCGGUCUGAGUCGGCAGGAACGCAGCAGGCAGCUGUGGGAUGACAUUAGCACAGUGGAGGAAGACUCCAGCAAACUCAAUGCCCUGCAGCUUCGCCUGGACGAGUCCCAAAAAGUCCUGAUGAAAGAGAGAGAUGACAAGCUUGCACUGAGUAAGAGCAUCGAGAGGCUGGAGGCUGAACUCACUCAGUGGAAAUUUAAAUAUGAGGAGCUCAGUAAGACCAAACAGGAGACCCUCAAACAGCUGAACCUGCUGAAGGAAAUGCACCAGGAUGAACUCGGCCGCAUAUCUGAAGACUUGGAGGAUGAAUUGGGAGCCCGAACCAGUAUGGACAAGAAACUAGCAGAGCUGCGAGCUGAGAUGGAGAGGCUGCAGGUGGAGAACGCUGCAGAAUGGGGGCGCAGGGAGCGCUUGGAGACGGAGAAACUUGCCCUGGAGAGGGACAAUAAGAAACUAAGGGCUCAGGCUGAAGAUCUGGAGGAGCAGCUGGCCAAGAAACGCCGGCAGGCUGCCUCCGCACUCGACACGGACCUCAAGGCCAUUCAGAGCGAGCUGUUUGAGAGAAACAAGGAGCUUGCUGACCUUCGCCACAUUCACUCUAAGCUGAAGAAGCAGUUCCAGGAGAAGACAGCAGAGCUCGCCCACGCCAACCGGAGGGUGGAGAGCCACGAGGCAGAGGUCAAAAAGCUACGACUGAGGGUGGAGGAGCUCAAGAAAGAGUUAGGACAGGCAGAGGAUGAGUUGGAUGAGUCUCAUAACCAAACCAGGAAGCUGCAGAGGUCUCUGGAUGAGCAGGUGGAGCAGACUGAGAACCUGCAAGUACAACUGGAACACUUACAGUCAAGACUGCGGCGGCAGCAGCAGAGUCCUGGUCUGUUUGGGAAGAUGCGAUCGGCUCGAUUCAGUCCUGAAAACCCAGACGGUCCGAGCAGUGACAUGGACGAAGAGGAGGAGGAGCUGCAGCUCCAAAUCCCAUGA